AUGACAGACAUCAAGAGACUCCUAGAAAAUAGGAGAGAAUAUAUUGCUUCCCUCAAUAGAGACUUACCAGUGAUUUCAUCCAGAGUCAUGUCAGCCAGCCCUAAUAGGAGAUGUGGAAAGAUUUCAAGAGCUGCCAUGAUUGUAUUGGAUACUCAGAGGAGACAAGCCAAUCCAACCUUCUUUAAAUACCGCAAUUUUGCAGUAUGCAAUGAUGAGCUAAAAGAGAAGUGAAUGCCUAAGGAAGAAAGAAAAAGAGUUCGCAAAGAAAUGAAGGACUAUGUAAAGAUUUCUUCCAAAAUCCAUGGCAGACUUAGAUGCUUCAGCCCUGGCUGUUUCAACUCAAAAAGGCUUCUGGAGGGGAAGUUCGAUCAGUUCUUUAACAAGAGGAAAGCAUUGAAGAGGUGACAUAAAAGAGAAAUUAAACUGAGUCCGUCUUUAUGGAAGAGUAUUUCAUUAAGAGAAAGAGCAGAAGGACAGUAUGAUACCACUAGUAAAGACCCGAUUAGUUAUCCUGAGAAUGAAUCAGACCUAAAAUGGAAUGAUAAGUGGACUGAUCUGAGAGUCUCAACUUGAAAAGUGAAAGCAAAAGAAUCCUGAGCUAGUGGAAACAUUAAAGCCUCUCUGGAACUUGUUUAUAGAUAAAAAUAUGUUACAUU